CACAAUUCUCUCCUCUCUCCCGUGUUUCUUCUUCCUGCUUUCCUGGGAAUCUCUUGGCUUUUUCUUUACCCUGCGCUAAGAACCUCUGAAGAAGGAGGUUUCUGUUGCACCGCUUCCAAUCCCAGCUUCUUCCUUCUCUGGGGUUUCAUCCAAUGAAACCCCAAUUUCGAAGUUUGCAACUUUGAAUCGUCUAAGUCCGAUCUUUGAUCUGGGUUUUGUGUGAGGAAGUGGUUGAGAGAGGAAAACGUGGUUGUUGGCGUUAGUGUGAUUUUAAAUCCAAGGGAUUUCAAGCGAUAGUGCGAGGGGGAUUUUUGGCUCGAGAUUUGCAGCACUGGGUGAGGAGAAUUAGAUGAUGGUGGCUCUACUGUGAAGGCUAUGCUCGCUUUUUUAUUUAUAUUUCAGAAAGUGGAAAGACAAUACGAGGUAAAGGAAGAUUAGGGAGGAAAAGAACAGGAAAAUUACGAAGAACAAAAUGCAGCAAUAUCAGCUCAAGAAGGAUAUUAAAGAAUUGGGUUUCUUCACUGAGUAUGGGGAUGCCAAUAGAUACAAGCUUCUUGAAGUUAUAGGGAAGGGCAGCUAUGGAGUUGUUUGUGCGGCGAUUGACACACACACUGGAGAAAAAGUAGCAAUAAAGAAGAUCCACGAUGUUUUUGACCAUGCAUCUGAUGCCAUUAGAAUUCUUCGUGAAGUUAAAUUACUCAGGCUUUUAAGGCACCCUGAUAUCGUAGAAAUUAAGCGGAUAAUGAUGCCACCUUCAAAGAGAGAUUUCAAAGAUAUUUAUGUAGUCUUUGAGCUCAUGGAAUCUGAUCUCCAUCAAGUCAUUAAAGCUAAUGAUGAUUUGACCCGUGAACAUCAUCAGUUUUUUCUUUAUCAGCUCCUACGUGCAUUGAAAUAUAUGCACACAGCAAAUAUGUAUCACAGAGACCUCAAACCCAAGAACAUACUGGCAAAUGCAAAUUGCAAACUCAAGAUUUGUGAUUUUGGACUGGCAAGAGUUGCAUUCAAUGAUGCUCCUACAACAAUAUUUUGGACAGAUUAUGUUGCUACUAGGUGGUACAGGGCCCCAGAACUCUGUGGAGCAUUCUCUUCUAAGUAUACACCAGCAAUUGAUAUAUGGGGUAUUGGUUGCAUCUUUGCUGAGGUCCUCACCGGAAAGCCAUUGUUUCCUGGUAAAAGUGUUGUACAUCAAUUGGAUUUGAUUACUGAUCUCCUUGGGACCCCAUCAGCAGAUACGAUUUCAGGAGUUCGAAAUGAGAAGGCAAGAAAAUACUUGAUGGAAAUGAGGAAAAAACGGCCUGUGCCUUUUGAGCAGAAAUUUCCAAAUGCAGAUCCUUUGGCGCUGCGCCUUUUGCGAAGGCUUCUAGCAUUUGAUCCCAAAGAUAGGCCAACUGCUGAAGAGGCACUAGCCGAUCCUUAUUUCAAGGGCUUGUCCAAAGUUGAGAGAGAACCUUCUUGUCAGUCAAUUUCAAAGUUGGAAUUUGAGUUUGAGAGGCGAAGGUUGACAAAGGAGGAUAUUAGAGAAUUAAUAUAUCGUGAAAUACUGGAAUAUCACCCUCAGAUGCUUAAAGAUUACAUAAAUGGAACUGAAGGCAAUUUUCUCUAUCCUAGUGCAAUAGGCCAAUUCAGAAAGCAAUUUGCUUAUCUCGAGGAAAAUGGUGGCUCAGUGACUCCUCCAGAAAGGAAGCAUGCCUCCCUUCCGAGGCCUGCUAUUUACUCGGGUACGGUCCCUCUUAAUACAAAGCCAAAUUUCAAUUUGUACGAGAACAAACAAAAUGCAGAACAAAAUGCAGAAGAGGCAUAUAAGAGUUUCAGAGAAGCUGAAUCAAAUUCUGGAAGUCAAUGGAGGGGUUCCCGGCCUCCGCCAAGAGCGCCAGCAGCUAAGCCCGGGAGAGUGGUAGGCCCAGUUGUACCCUACGAAAACGGGAGAAUCACAAAUACUUUUUAUGAUUCAAGGAUCUUUUAUCAAAAUGCUCUUCCCCAAGCGGCUGGUUCUCCUCACUGCUUUUUCAGACCUCAACCGACAAACUCACAGAAGACUGUAUCAGAGACACACCAGGUUUUUUCACAAUGCAAGCGUCAAGUCCCAUUCCAGCAGUGUCACCACCUAGCCAGGCCUGCAAUUGACCUCAACUCCAACCCAUACCAACAACAAACCACGAUUGACCGGUUUGAUAAUCCCAUGAUUACAGUUGAUACGAAGCUGCAGCAGGCACAAUCUCACUUUGGUGCAGUUGGCUCUGCAGCUGUGGCCAUCGGAGCUCAUAGACAUUCUGGUGCUGUUCAGUAUGGAUUGUCAUAGGUUAAGGACUUUUGUGAAAGGUGCUAUGCUUUUCAUGUCAGGAGUUGGAUGGUAGGAGGUUGAUUAAAUCAUUAAACAGGUUUAGGUUUUUUUCUUCAUUUUCCUUUUUCCCCUUUUCGGUUCUUCAGGUUGCAGUUCUUGUAUAAAUAUACAUGUACAUUUAAUUGAUUAAUGAGAAAUCAAUUGUUCCUCUCAAUCUUGA